AUGAAUUCCACAACUAACCAAUGUCUCCAUUCUCUUUUGUUCCAGAUUUACAUAGUCUACAACAAGAGGACGGGGAAGCCUCGGGGCUAUGCAUUCAUUGAGUAUGAGCAUGAACGAGACAUGCACUCCGCCUACAAGCAUGCUGAUGGGAAGAAGAUCGACGGUAGAAGGGUGUUGGUGGAUGUGGAACGAGGGCGCACUGUAAAAGGAUGGCAUCCUCGCAGGCUAGGUGGUGGAUUAGGUGGCACUAGGAGAGGUGGCGCUGAUGUCAACAUCAAGCACUCUGGCCGAGAUGAUGCGUCACGUUAUGAUGAUCGCCCCCUGGGCAGUGAUCGGGACCGUGGAGAGCGGAGGGAGCGCAGUCGGGAACGUGACCGGGACAAAGACAGAGAACGCCGAAGGUCCCGAUCCCGCGAACGGCGUCGACGUACCCGUUCCCGAGAGAGGGAGAGAGACAGACCGAUUGGAGGAGUUGAAGAGGGCAGUGGUAAUAGCCGGCGUCGAGAGCGAGAGAAGGAGCGUGGGGGGGCAGUGGGAGGAGACAGCAGGAGUAGGGAGAGGAGUCGAGAACAGAAGAGAAGGAGCAGAAGCCGAGAUCGCAAGAGAGACAGGGAGAGAGGCAAGGGGCUGGAUGGGGAAGAGGCCAGCCAGGGAGACGGUGCUCCUGAAGGUGGGGAGCGGAUGCAGGAGGAACAUGAAGGAGAAGUGGGUGAGGGUAUUGAGGAGCGUAGAGAAAGGGAUAGGGACCGCAGGCGCAGCCACAGGGACAGAGACAGGCGCAGGGGAGACCGAGACAAGGACAGGGAGCACAAGAGGGAGCGGGGAGAGAGGGACAGGGGGGAACGCAGAGAGGAGCGCCACGCCUCCCUACGAGAUGACAUGGUCCCCCAAGAUGACAUGGCCAAUGAGGAUGAGGGAGGAGCACCGCCACACAUGGAGGAGUACAGUCAGGAUGGGAUGGUUGACCAGCAGUCAGUGCCAUCAGCUGAUGGCUAUGGCUCUAGUGAGAAUGGCUACAAGAUGGAGGCACCAGGAGACGAGUACUGAGAUGGCCCUUCUCCCAGCAGACUCCCACUCAUAAGUUGUUUCAUACUAUACUUUUAAAUUGGCCCUUCAUUUUUUGACAAGACACAGGAACUCUAAAUGAUGUCAGGGCUGCUUCAGUACCAGACAUCAAGCUAGCUUUCCUGAUAUGUCAAAAAUAUUCCUCUUGUUGCACGCACAGUUGAAGCAUAUCACUGAUUGAUCUCACUAAAGUUGCAGCUUUCCUGCAUUGCCCAACUAAUCCGUGCCACUUAAAUGUUAUCAGAUUGCCUUGGCUUCAAGCAAGGUAUGUCUUUUUUUUUUCACUUGGCUUGGGAUGAACUGUAAAAACACAAGCUCUAUUCGUUUUUAGAUGGGUAGAUUGGAUUGUGUUGUCUUUUCCAGAUUCAUGAAGCAGUUAGAUUGUACGCUCAUUUGGAACCAAGUGACAAAUUUCUCCUCAAUGUAUGUGAAAUUGAAGGAAAUGUAGUACUAUGACAAUUGAGGGUUGUUCUGUUUAUUCAUUCUGGAAUAAAGUUUUUUUUAAAUUAUGUCUGCUGUUUGUAUGUUAGAUUUGCAAGGGAAUUUUAAUAAAGAUGUGACUUAAAAGCCA